ACUCAUUCAUAUUGUAAGACUCAAAACCUCACACUUUGGUAACACCAGAUUAACGAAAAAGAAAUGGAAAUAUUUGAGGCAACUGAAGAUAAUUAUGGAGGAGUUACUGUUAACAUGAAGAGGGAGGAACUUAUUGAUUCUCAUAAAUUCCAUACUAUGCUGAUGACUUCCAUAUCCCAUUGGAGGCAAAAGGGAAAGAAGGCUGUAUGGAUCAAGUUGCCAAUAGAACUUGCUCAUCUCGUUGAAGCAGCAGUUAAGGAGGAAUUUUGGUAUCAUCAUGCAGAGGCAACAUAUUUGAUGCUUGUGUAUUGGAUUCCAGAAACACCUCAAACUUUACCUGCUAAUGCUUCUCAUCGUGUUGGUAUUGGUGCUCUCGUCCUCAACAAUAAUGGACAGGUGUUAGUAGUUAAAGAAAAAUCUGGAAAAAGCACUGGAAUUUGGAAACUGCCUACUGGAGUUGUUGAAGAGGGUGAGGAUAUAUGCAUGGCAGCCAUUAGAGAAGUACAAGAAGAGACAGGAAUUGAGACAGAAUUUAUUGAAAUCCUCGCUUUCAGACAAAGUCACAAAUCAUUCUUUGGAAAGUCGGAUUUGUUCUUCAUAUGCAUUCUAAAACCCCUUAAUUUUACUAUCCGCAAGCAAAAUGCUGAGAUUGAGGAAGCUCAGUGGAUGGCAAUAGAAGAAUAUGCAGCUCAACCAAAGUUGAACAAAAGUGAACUCUCCAAAAACAUUGCCAAGAUAUGUCUAGCUAAAAAAGACAAUGAAUACACUGGAUUCUCUGCUGUUAUUACAACUACAGGACUUUCUGCUAAGAACUGUUAUUUGUACUGUAAUAUAUGAUCAUUAAAAUUAAUUAAAUACGUACUCUUUUAUGCAUAUGUUUGCAAUAAAGUUGUGAAUUUCCAGUUUACAGUGUAUGAAAUAAUAUUUGCAAGAAAAU